AUGGUGCUGUCGGUGCCUGUGAUCGCGCUGGGCGCCACGCUGGGCACUGCCACCAGCAUCCUUGCGCUGUGCGGGGUCACCUGCCUGUGCCGGCACAUGCACCCUAAGAAGGGGUUCCUUCCACGGGACGGCGAGCCCGACCCUGAGAAGGCGAGGCCCGGCGUGCUUCGGCCAACCCAACAGUUCAACGUUAAAAAGUCAACGGAGCCUGUCCAGCCUCGACCUCUUCUUAAGUUCCCAGACAUCUACGGUCCCCGGCCAGCUGUGACAGCCCCAGAAGUCAUCAACUACGCAGACUACACUCUGGGGACCACAGAGGAGUCCGCUGCACCUGCCAGCCCCCAGGCCCAGAGUGACAAUCGCCUCAAGAGGCAGGUCACAGAGGAGCUGUUCAUCCUUCCUCAGAAUGGUGUGGUGGAGGAUGUCUGUGUCAUGGAGACCUGGAACCCAGAGAAGGCUGCUAGCUGGAACCAGGCACCCAAACUCCACUUUCGCUUGGACUACGAUCAGAAGAAGGCUGAGUUAUUUGUGACUAGCCUGGAAGCUGUCACCAGUGACCAUGAAGGGGGCUGUGACUGCUACAUCCAAGGCAGUGUGGCUGUCAAGACCGGUUCUGUGGAGGCCCAGACGGCUCUGAAGAAACGGCAGCUGCACACCACCUGGGAGGAGGGCUUAGCCCUGCCCCUGGGUGAGGAUGAGCUGCCCACAGCCACCCUGAUGCUCACCCUGCGGACCUGUGACCGCUUCUCCCGCCACAGUGUGAUUGGGGAACUCUGCCUGGGCCUGGAUGGAGCAUCUGUGCCCCUGGGGGCGGCGCAGUGGGGUGAGCUGAAGACCACAGCAAAGGAACCAUCUGCAGGGACUGGGGAGGUCCUUCUGUCCAUCAGCUACCUCCCGGCUGCCAAUCGCCUCCUGGUGGUGCUGAUUAAAGCCAAGAACCUCCACUCUAACCAAUCCAAGGAGCUUCUGGGCAAGGAUGUCUCUGUCAAGGUGACCUUGAAGCACCAGGCUCAGAAGCUGAAGAAGAAACAGACGAAACGGGCCAAACACAAGAUCAACCCUGUGUGGAACGAGAUGAUCAUGUUUGAGCUACCAGAUGACCUGCUGCGGGCAUCCAGUGUGGAGCUGGAGGUGCUGGGCCAGGGAGAGGAGGGCCCGAGCUGUGAGCUGGGUCACUGCAGCCUAGGCCUGCAUGCCUCGGGCUCUGAGCGCAGCCACUGGGAGGAGAUGCUAAAAAACCCACGCCGGCAGAUUGCCAUGUGGCACCAAUUGCACCUGUAGUCGGCUGCCAACCACCAACCUCGUCCUUCUUGGGCACGGUCAUCCUCCAGGCUCAGCUGCCAGUCGCCCCCUCCUACCCCUGUCCACAUGCCUACACCUGAAGACAGAUGCAGAUGUGUUGGCUGAAGCCAGGAUCUCAUUCCUCUUUAUAUAUAUUCCCAAUACUAAAAAGUGAGCAGAGUCACCAAGGCAGUGUGAUUGGCACAUCAGGAUCAUUCAGAAGACUGCCUCUUUCUCAUCUGUGCUAUGGGAAAAGACGCGUGUCAGGUACACUCUGUGGGCAGCCAUCCUUGCUCACUUUAGUCUAAAGCAGUAGUUCUCAACCUGUGGGUCCUGACCUCCUUGGCAAACCUCUAUCUCCAAAAAUCCUUACAUUAUGAUUCACAACAGUAGCAAAAUUAGUUAUGAAGUAGCAAUGAAAAUGAUUUUAUGGUUGGAGGUCACCAUAAUGUGAGGAACUUUAUUAAAGAGUCUCGGCCUUAGAAAGGUUGAGACCCACUGGCUGGCCAGAAGGUCCUUGGGCCUUUGGGGGUCACGCCAGAUUGAUGCUCUGGGUGGAAUACACAGGGCAUCUGUCUU